AUUCUUUCAAAUUCAGAAGUCGCUUCGCACCAUUGCAACGGUACUAUUCUGCAACGGCUUGAUUGGGCUUCUAUUAAUCUAUUGUUCUCUCUUUUGCUUCUCUGCUUUCUUCAAUCGUGUGAUCCUUGGUGGGCGAAGAUCAUCUUGCCUUGGUCUUCAGCUAUUCUAAUAACAAGGAAUUGGAUUGCGUUCGACUUCAGAAACGACAGCUGCACUGCACGAUAUUCAUGAUUCAAUCUAUAUUUUGAUUCUUCGAUUCUUGUCGGUGAAAACAUAGAGAGAGACGGUGAGAAAUUUCUGGAAUCAGAGGCUUGCGCACGCAUUCAUGGAAGAAAGGAAAGUCUUCUUUCCGUCGCUGCAUGCAGUACUAUUUAUUCCCGCGGCCAUGAGGAUGAUUCUCGCCAGCCAAGGGUACAUUUCGCUGAGGGAUCAACGACCCACAUCUCCUGUUGUGCAAUGAAAGCUUCGGAAUCUUUGAUAUCCUGAUUCUUUUGACGGCAGUAAAAGAUUCCAACACUUUGGUGUUUCGAUCGAUUCUUUGGCCGGUGCGAAAACGUUCCCCAUUAGAUGAGUAGUGAGUGUAUGGCUCGGCUCAUAGAGUGCCAUCUUAUUCCAUUCUGCUAUGAUCAGGAGAGCCCUUUCAUCUCCCUUUCAACUCAUCCAUCUAUUGCAAGCAUGUUCUGCUUCAAGAGCUCUUAUUCAAGGAAAGCAGGUUCACCGACAAAUAAUUCUCAGUGGUUUACACCAAAACCCCUUCUUUAGAACCAAGUUAAUCCAAAUGUAUGCUGAUUGUGAUGAUUUGAAUUCUGCUCAGAUUUUGAUCCAUAAAAUGACGCAGCCUAAUGUGUUUGCAUUGACUGCCUUCCUUGGAUUCUACUCGAGGCACCGUUUGACAGAAGAAUGCAUUAGAACUUAUUGCCAAUUAAGAUUGAUGGGUAUUGUACCUGAUAGCUAUGUGUUUCCGAAGGUGCUUAGGGCGUGUGCUCAAUCAUCAUGCUUGGAUGUGGGUGCUCAGGUGCACAAAGAUGUCAUUAUAUUUGGGUCUGAGGUUAAUAUACAGGUUUGUAAUUUCAUUAUAGAUAUGUAUUCAAAAUGUGGGAACACUAAGAGUGCCAGACAGGUCUUUGAUGAAAUGUCUGAAAGAGACGUUUUAUCUUGGAAUUCAAUUAUCUCAGGGUACGUGGGUAACUGGUUAUUUAAGCAGGCUGUGGAGAUGUUAGGCUAUAUGAAACUGGAGGGCUGUGAGCCUGAUAUUGUAACUUGGAACACUAUAAUGGAUGCUUAUUGUAGGAUGGGACUCUCUAACGAGGCCUACAAAAUCUUCAAACAAAUUAAAGAUCCUAAUGUCAUCUCAUGGACAACAAUAAUCUCGGGCUACACUAGUAUUGGGAAGCAUGAGAUUGCGUUGGAGAUUUUCAAAGAUAUGGUAAAUAGUUGGACAGUUUUACCUGAUGUGGAUUCUCUUUCCAGCAUCCUUGUAUCUUGCCGGCACUCAAGGGCUUUGGAAAGGGGAAAAGAAAUUCAUGGUUAUGGAAUCAAAUCGAUAGCACAGGACACAUUUUACAAGUCUGCUGGUGCUGCCUUGUUGACGAUGUAUGCCAGUUGCUGUAGAACUCGAGAUGCUGAAAAGGUAUUUCAUAUAAUGGACAAAUCUGAUGUUGUGACGUGGAAUGCCAUGAUAUUUGGUUUCAUUGAACUAGGUCUUGGACAUUUGGCACUUGAAUGUUUCAGAGAGAUGCAAAUGAGAGGAAUUAAGAAUGAUCACACGACAAUAUCAACCGUAUUGCCUAUUUGCGAUUUGAGAUCUGGAAAACAGAUUCACGCUUACUUCAUGAAAAGCAGUUUCAAUUUUGUAAUUCAUGUUUAUAAUGCUAUAAUUCAUAUGUACUCAAUAUGUGGAUGCAUUGCAUAUGCACAUUCCGUGUUUUCUGCUAUGUUAGCCAGGGACGUGGUUUCAUGGAACACAAUUAUUGGAGGCUUUGGAAUGCAUGGGCUUGGCCAGACUUCUCUAGAGCUGUUGCAACAGAUGGAUGGUUCAUGCCUUAGACCCGAUUCAGUGACUUUGUCUUCUGCACUUUCAGCUUGCAGUCACUCAGGACUCGUGGAUCAGGGGAUUGAACUCUUCUACAGAAUGACAAAAGGUUUUGGAAUAACUCCCGUAAUUGCCCAUUAUUCUUGUGUUGUUGACAUGCUAGCACGUGCUGGUCGGCUUGAAGAUGCUUAUAAUUUCAUUAACAAAAUGCAUCUGAAACCUGACAAGCAUAUUUGGGGAGCUUUACUAGCUGCAUGCCAAGAUCACCAGAACGUUACUGUUGGUGAGCUGGCUGCAGAGCACUUGAUCCGUUUGGAACCUCAUGAUGCUGGUCAUUAUGUGACACUGUCAAAUAUAUAUGCAAGGGCUGGAAGAUGGGAUGACGCUGAAAGAAUAAGAAAGCUGAUGGAAGACCAUGGAUCGCUGAAGCCAUCGGGAAAUAGUGUGAUCGCCCCAUAAAGUUAAAGUAGAAAGGAUUAAGAGUUAGUUGAAAACUGAUAACUUUCUAAUUACCUUUAAAGCAUAACAGUGCACUCACUGUCAAGAAA